CUUCCCAGGUGUUAUGGCAAUUUAACACUUGAUACAUUACAUAUUUCGGCUAGAAAUAAGUCUCUAUUGGAUGCCGACAAAACUAACUACCGCUCCACAACGUGGAUAUUAAAGAGAGGCCAAGCAAUAGGAAGCAGUAAUCAACCAUCUUUCUUCUGCCAGCAGAAAUAACAAGAACAGUGAGAGGGUCCAAGUCAUUGAGCUGGUCCAAAUGGGGCUGUAGUUUGCAAUGUAUUGUCUGUUUCUUAGCUAGAUACUUGUAAAAGACCGGACGACUCGGUUGGAAUAUAGCAAGAUAAACCUUGGAAUCGCGACUUGUUAACCCACGGCACAUCUGGAGGUUUAUGAUUAGUAGACUGGCUAUAGCUAUUAGAAUUUGUAUUCAUUUUUUCAUGUUUCCAAUAGGUUUACCUUCCCCUAAUCCCCCACCGCCAACCCAAGAGGCUAGACCAGCAGCUUCAGAUGUAAAUAACGACAGCAGUAUCACGUCUUCGAAGAAGAGGAAAAUAAACAGUUCUGAGAGGGAAGACAUUGAUUCAAUCUCUUCAUCUCCUAAAACCACAAAUUAUUCAUCUUCCUCCUGCUCCUCCACUUCGCAACACAUUCAGAAGAAGUUGAGGUUCGAAGAUUCAGUAGAUUUCAUUGGACUGGAUGUGAAAAUGGCCGAGGAGUCGUCUGCAUCGUGUUCUUCUAACAAGAUGAAAACAGUUUUUUUGGCUGGGGGUGUUGGGCACCAUGCAAACGGACUGACGAAAACGGCAGGCUCCACUACCUUCUCCAACAGCAAACCUGGCGCUGCAAAGAAACUAGUCAUCAAGAACUUCAAAGAAAAGCCCAAAUUACCAGAGAACUACACACACGAGACCUGGCAAAAGCUAAAGGAGGCGGUCGAGGCCAUUCAGAACAGCAUUUCAAUCAAGUACAAUCUUGAGGAGCUCUACCAGGCUGUGGAGAACCUCUGCUCCCAUAAGAUAUCAGCCAAGCUCUACAAACAACUACAGGUUGUGUGUGAAGACCACAUCAAGGCACAAAUCGAUCAAUUCAGAGAGGAUGCACUGGACAGUACACUCUUCCUGAAGAAAAUAGACAAGUGUUGGCAAGAUCACUGCAGACAAAUGAUCAUGAUUAGAAGUAUAUUUUUGUUCUUGGACCGCACCUAUGUUUUACAAAAUUCAAUGCUCCCGUCAGUCUGGGACAUGGGCCUGGAGUUGUUUAGGUUUUACAUUAUCAGCGACAUGAAGGUCCAGAGCAAGACCAUCGACGGAAUCCUGCUGCUCAUCGAGAGGGAGCGCAGCGGCGAGACCGUCGACCGUAGCCUGCUGCGGAGCCUAUUGAGCAUGCUUUCUGACCUGCAGAUUUAUCAGGACUCCUUUGAACAGCGCUUUUUGGAGGAGACUAAUCGUCUGUAUGCCGCUGAGGGACAGAGGCUGAUGCAGGAGAGAGAGGUCCCAGAUUAUCUCCAUCACGUCAACAAACGCUUAGAGGAGGAAGCAGACAGAGUCAUCACGUAUCUAGACCAGAGCACACAAAAACCUCUCAUUGCCACUGUGGAAAAGCAACUACUGGGUGAACAUCUCACUGCAACACUACAGAAAGGCUUGAAUCACCUGCUAGAUGAGAACAGAAUCCAGGACUUGUGUCUUCUCUAUCAGCUCUUCAGUCGGGUGAGAGGGGGCGUGCUAGUCCUCCUACAACACUGGAUCGAGUACAUCAAGGCCUUUGGAAGUACGAUGGUCAUUAACCCUGAGAAGGACAAGACCAUGGUACAGGAGCUGCUGGACUUCAAGGACAAGGUGGACCACAUCAUCCACGUCUGUUUCAUGAAGAAUGAGAAGUUUGUCAAUGCCAUGAAGGAAGCCUUCGAGACCUUCAUCAACAAGAGGACAAACAAACCUGCUGAGCUCAUUGCAAAACACGUGGAUUGGAAGCUGAGGGCGGGGAACAAGGAGGCCACUGACGAGGAGCUGGAGAAGAUGUUGGACAAGAUCAUGAUCAUCUUCCGAUUCAUUUAUGGAAAAGACGUUUUUGAGGCCUUCUACAAGAAAGAUCUGGCCAAGAGGUUGCUGGUGGGAAAGAGUGCCUCCGUGGAUGCCGAGAAGUCCAUGCUGUCGAAACUGAAACAUGAAUGUGGAGCGGCAUUCACCAGCAAGCUGGAAGGCAUGUUCAAGGACAUGGAGCUUUCCAAGGACAUCAUGGUGCAGUUCAAACAGUGUCAAAACCUCCCUGGUAACAUUGAGCUGACGGUGAACAUCCUCACCAUGGGAUACUGGCCCACCUACGUCCCAAUGGAGGUCCAUCUGCUCCCAGAGAUGGUGCGGCUGCAGGAGAUUUUCAAGACGUUUUACCUCGGCAAGCACAGUGGCAGAAAGCUACAGUGGCAGUCGACAUUAGGCCAUUGUGUUUUAAAAGCUGAAUUUAAAGAGGGCAAAAAGGAGCUUCAGGUAUCCCUGUUUCAGACACUAGUGCUGCUCAUGUUCAAUGAAGGAGAGGAAUUCACCUUAGAGGAGAUCAAGCUAGCUACAGGAAUAGAGGAUGGCGAGCUGCGGCGGACCCUGCAGUCGUUGGCGUGUGGCAAGGCGCGCGUCAUCCAUAAAGUCCCCAAAAGCAAAGACGUGGAGGACGGAGACAAGUUCUCGUGUAACGAUGACUUCAAACACAAACUCUUCAGGAUCAAGAUCAAUCAGAUCCAGAUGAAAGAAACGGUGGAGGAGCAAGCCAGCACCACGGAACGAGUCUACCAGGACCGGCAGUAUCAGAUCGAUGCCGCCAUCGUCAGGAUCAUGAAGAUGAGGAAGACUCUGAGCCAUAACCUCUUGGUGUCGGAAGUGUACAACCAACUCAAGUUCCCUGUCAAGCCUGCUGACCUAAAGAAGAGAAUCGAGUCUCUCAUUGACAGAGAUUACAUGGAGCGCGACAAGGAGAACCCCAACCAAUACAACUAUGUGGCUUAAAGCGAGUUAGACAGAGCGAGGGAUGAAGAGAGGGAGAUGGAGAGCAGGUGGUCCAGUCAGGCUGAAGGCUUCCCUGAGCCCUCUGUCCCAUGGAUGCUCUUCCUCUUGCUCUUCUGCACACAUGGAUGUCAACGUUACCCUCUUUAACCCAGCAACCGACAACUGAAUGGAUACUGCUCAGCGGGAUUUUAUCAGGGGCCUGUUUUCCAGUGGACUGCAUGCCCAUUAAACAAGAAUAUCGUCCAUUCAUUUCUCAGUGCCGCUCGGUGAGAAUUGGACUAGCUACCUUGGACAAAAAAAGACAAACCAAUGUUGUUCAGUUUGUUCUUUUUUUACGGAGAGGGAAAAAAAGUAUUUAUUUUCAAACUUAGAUCUCUGUCCAUUGUCAUUUGUUUAUGGCAUUCUGUCCCUUGUUUUUUAAGUCACUACUUUAUUUGAUUUUAAUUCACUCUGUACUGUCCCAUGUAAAUGUUCAAACACCUAACAUGGCUCUUAACAUACUACACUUGGAAGAAAAGAGAAAAAACAAAAGUAAAGCUUGUCUCAUCAAUCAAUGUUGUAUGUGAGACCCAUGGAUAAACAUUCACAGUAGGAUAUUAUUUUUCCAUGGUUGAUUUCAGUGUCAAAUGUGCGCACCUGCAGCCAAGUCAAACAAUUCUCAGUAUCUAUUAGUCGCAACCUACUCCUGUUUAUUAACAGCAACAACAGCAAUCAAUGGGACGAUUGUUAAGUAGCAAUAUGAGGAAUUGACAAUAUGUGCCAAAAAUAGAGCACUUCUUUUGUUAUAUGAUUUGUUAAUGCUGCUAAACAAACACUUUAACUUGUACAUGUUAUAUGCAUUUAGUUUUCCAUUUUACUUUAGCCCUGACUGUUUCAAUGUUUACUUUUUUUAUAGACAAGACUUUACAAAUGUAUUAAAAUUUUAGUUGCGAACUUCGACAGAGAUUAUGUACUAUUAAAAGCACAGCCACAUCAGCCCCUGUUUCCCUUCAUGUUCCCAAGUAUGAUAUCUCUUGUGUUCCAAGCAUUAUAUUCUUUGUAAGUCCUCUCUGUAGGCCUUAUGGAAGGCCAUGUGUAUGUGGAUAGAUGGAGUUGUUUGAUAUCUCAACAGAUGAAACUGUUUAUUGAGAAAUCAUGCUUGACUGGACUUUAUGCCCUGUCUGAAUAAAUGUUUGUUUUACUGCUUCAGAUUAAAAUAAUUGUCAGUGUUUCUAUUUUGUUUUCCCCCCUUCAUAUCUGUUAAUUUUCAUAGACAUCUCAACCCCCCCUCCCCCCUCCCCAAUAGUAAGAUAGUAUUGGCAUGUAGUAUAUAAUAUUGGGUUACCAACAUAUCAGCUGCACCUUUUUAUUACAAGAAGUUAUCCAUAUCAGAGUUUCUAAACCAUCUUUGUCCGUAUUGUCAUACGAUGUAAAUAGUAAAAUGUGUUCCCUCAAAAAGAGGGAGGAAAUAGUAUCUUUUGAUUGGUUGUUUGGGUGAUGUGUGUCACAAAAUAAACAGGAACAUGAUUCUACAAAUCCA